AUGCACUCUAUAAAGACUAGUUGCGCUGGGCAGAUAUUUGCUCUCGCUAAGCCCCACGACUCUGUAGGCAAGAAGACGCGUAAUAGGAUUCCCAAAGAGGAGAGAAAGACACUGGUUGUAUCUUUCAUUAACAAGCAUCAAAAGCUAAACAAUGGGAGCUUUCCUUCACUUAGCCUCACACACAAGGAGGUUGGUGGAUCUUUCUACACCAUUAGAGAGAUUGUCAGAGAGAUUAUCCAAGAAAAUAGAGUUCUUGGUACUAGUGACUUGGUUCUUGACAGCAAAGGCGAUGAUCAAACUCUGUCAAGAUCCACUGUUCUGAUGGAUCUUGUGCCACCUCUAUCUUUGUCUCCAGAUGGAAUAGAUUCUCUAUCAGAUCAAAGUCAUAAUCUCUCUUCCGAGCCUGGAGAGACUAAGUCCACUAAAAACAUUAACGGUAGCAAGGUUGGCCUGGAAGAUAGAGGGUCUGAUAUACUCAAGUACAAGGAAGUGAAUGUUUAUCAACUUUCCGAAUCAGUGGGCUCUACUGACAUAUCCAGUAAUCAGUUUUCAGCAUCUUGCGCUGAAGAGAAUGAUACCAAACAUGUUAAUGCGAAGACAAUAUGCGAUAGUGUUGACGUCAAACCCCAGGAUAAAGAACUCAAGGUGGAUAACAAAGACAGUAGAUUUGAGAAGUUACCUUUCGUUGAAACAGAAGUCAAAAACCCUUUGAAUACUGACGAAAUUGUGAAUGAUGAUGAAGCAGUGAUGACUGGAAUGGUGAACAUGACGAAGGAUACAUUAGGCACAGAUGAUUUGUUACCAGCAGAAACAGUUGUUGAGACAUUUUCAGUGACUUCAACAAUGGAGUCAUCGGAUGUACAGCCUAGUGAAUUGGCUUCUGUUGAUCUGGGAGAGAUUACUUCACUCAUUUAUGUUGUACCUGAAGAACAAUGGACGCAGGUCAUUGUUGGUCAAAUGCCAAAUCAUAUCUCUGUCGAUACAGAAAAGAAAGUUGAAGAGAAAGCUGUUAGUCAUGCUCCUGUGAUUCGCAACAUCCAUGAAACUAAGGAAUUUAGUAAUGGAAGUUUGACAACUGAACAGACAAUUAUGCCAACAUCUGGGACUGAGUCUGGAAAUUGUAAGAAUGGCACAGCUAUAAGUGAAGUCACAAGUGUAGAAAAAGCAACCGUGGAAAAAGGGAAAGUCGAUGUUUCAGAUAGUUCGAGCUCUCAGAAAGCAAACAUUGCAACGUUAAACCGAAUUAAACCGUGA